AUGCUGCGCUUCCCGGUGAAGAAGAUCCGGAAGCAGUUCAAGCUCCUGCUGCUGCUGGUGCUGCUCACCUCGGCCGUGUGGUUCACCUACCUGCACAUCAACCAGGGCAAGACCAUCAAGCUGCACUUCAACUACGGCAAAGAUGGAGAGAGACAGACGGAGGGGACGGACGCCAGCCGCAAGAGGGACACUCGCUCCUCAGCUGGCCACCACAAGAGUGAGGACACCAGCGACAGCCGGGAGGACGAGGCAGGAGACGAUGAGCCAAUCACAGGAGGGUCUGAUGGAAGAGGCCACACCCGCAUCCGGAAGUUCCUCAGCCAGAGGCACAAGAAAAUGCCAUGGAAACCAGAGUUUAAGGGCCAGGCAAAUCUGCACGUGUUCGAGGACUGGUGCGGAUCCUCAAUAGCUCAACUCAGAAAGAACCUGCACUUCCCUCUCUACCCUCAUACCCGAACCACAGUGAAGAAGCUGGCAGUGGCUCCGAGGUGGAAGAACUAUGGCCUGAGAAUAUUUGGCUUCCUUCACCCUUACAGAGACGGUGAUUUCCAGUUCUCGGUAUCGUCGGAUGAUAACUCGGAGCUGUGGCUGAGUCCUGAUGAGAGCCCUCUCAACGCCAGGCUGCUGGUUUAUGUCGGGCAGCUGGGAACAGAGUGGACCGCUCCGGGCGAGUUCAGCAAGUUCAGGUCCCAGUCCUCCAAGUCUGUGCACCUGAUUUCAUCCAGACGAUACUACUUUGAGAUUCUCCACAAGCAGGAUGACAAGGGCUCGGACCACGUGGAGGUUGGGUGGCGUCCAUUCCUCCCUGGUCUGAAGUAUGAAGUGAUAGACUCGGCCUACAUCUCCAUGUACACAGACGAGUCGAUUCUGAAGAUGAACAGCGUGGACCACAUCCCCCAGACCUUGGCCAGUCACAUCCGUCUCCCGGAGGAGUCUCAGCCCCGGGGUCUGGAGGAAGGCAGAGCCACACAGCACGGGGCAGAUAUGCUGAAGCCGGACCCUCGGGACACCUUCUACAGCAUUCCUAUGAUCAGCCCCUUCCGCCUGGAGAACGUUCUGCCGGCCUGCCUCUACUCCCCAACCUACGUGGUCAAAGAUUUCCCCAUCGCCAGAUACCAGGGCCUGCAGUUUGUUUAUCUGUCCUUCGUUUACCCCAAUGACUUCACACGUCUCACGCACAUGGAGCGGGAGAACAAGUGUUUCUACCGGGAGUCGCCUAUCUACCUAGAGAAGUUUGGUUUCUACAAAUAUAUGAAGAUGGAUGAGGAGGAUGACGACAGACCGUUCUUCUUCCCCAACCCAGAUGAUUUCCUGGAGGAAGAGGAGGUGGUAGAAGUCGAGGACGAGGCAGAGAUCGUCGGCACCCAGUCGCCCAAGAAGCCGUCUCAUCCCAGUCAGACCAGCCACACCUCCAACCCCUCCCACCAGCGCCCGAAGCCCGGGCCCACACCAGCGAGCAGAGAAGUGGAGGAGGAGGAAGAGGUGGACCCCGAUGAAGAGGAGGAGGUAGCUGUCGACACCAUCAUACGCCGCAGAGAGAGGAGACAUUUUCUUCACAAGGACGGACAGAUGGGGACGGAUCUGGACAGAGACUGGGGACGGGAUCAUACGAAAGAGAACAUUCGACAGGGCUCCAGUAAGAGACUCGACCAGGAUCAACCCAGGGCGCUGGAGCCCGACAUGGACAGUGUGGUCCAGGGUCGCACCCUGUCCUGGGUCCGAUCCGGUCCUGGGGAGCAGGGCCCUGGCAGGAAAGGAGGAGGAACAGGUGGUGGAGGAGCUGGAGGAGAGAAAGGAGCCGAGACUCCGCCUAAACUCAGCAAGUCUUCGCUCCUUUUCCCCCAGAAGUCCUCCCUCUCUGCGCUCGCCAGCCGAGCCAAGCAGAUCAUCAGCAACUCCGCCCACAGCAACAAGCCGUAUGACAACAAGCUGCCGGGAAGCAAGAAGGAGGAGAACAAGAUCUACAUCACGAGGCCUCGGCCGGCGAAGGAGAGGGAGAGAGAGAGAGAGAGGGAGCAGCGGCGCGAGAGGAGGGAGGAGCGGACGUACCACCACCCGAGGGAGGUGUUCCCUGGAGUCUUCUUGUACCAAACCGGGAAAACCACGAGGCUGGUGAACCUGGGCGCUAGAGGCCAGGCGGGUAAGAACCUUGUUAGUGCCCCACAGCUUUGGCCCCACCCCCCAACGAAAGAGGGUAAGACCCCUCCUCGCAACGGAAGCAUCAACAUACAGAUCGACAGUGUACAGAAGUCCAUCCGGAGGGCAGCUGUGGCAAAUCAACCGGGAAAAAUCAGGAGAAAAGUGGAGCGUCAGGACUUGAAGACGACAGCCACGGCUCAUCUCCCCAGCAGAGACGACCCAUUGAACCCACUCUACCAUCACCAGGAUCCCCCCCCAGUCCCACUGCAGAGGUUAAACUCUACAGAGAACUCACUCCAGGGUCAACCCAGGGUCACGUCUUACCUCCGGCUCUCAGAGAUCACAGAGUCGCUGCAGCAGCCGGACCCGGACCCCAACCCGGCCGACCUGGAGCAGGACAUCAACCGCUCCAACCCCGAGCCGGACCCCGAGCCCGAGCCGGAGGAGGGCGAGAUGUCGGACUACAGCUACGAGGAGGUGGAGGCUCGGCCGGGCUGGGCGGAGGAGAGCAUCAACUGGCAGAGGACCUUCUCCGUCAACCCCAUGGACUUUGAGCUCCUGCGCUCCGACUGGAACGACCUGCGCUGCAACGUGUCCGGCAACCUGCAGCUGGCGGAGAGCGAGGUGGUGGACGUGCUGGCCCAGUACAUGGAGAAACUCAACGAACGCAACGGAGGGAUCUACACGCUGCUGCGGAUCAUCAACGUGGAGAAGCGGCGCGACUCGGCGAGAGGGAACCGGUACCUGGUGGAGCUGGAGCUGAUGGAGCGUGGCCGCAGCGUGGUGCGCCUGUCGGAGUACAUCUACCUGCUGCUGCACCGCGGCCGGCAGGGGGAGGAGAGCUUCGAGAACACCGACUCUGCCCCGGCCUCGGCGCCGGCCUCAGGCCCCUCCCCUGCCACACCCGGCCUCACCACGCCGCCGCCGCCCCUCCCCUCCACCAAGCCCCCCACCCGGCCCGGGGGGGCGACCCCGUGGAGCACGGCCUUCGCUAAGCCCCUCCUCUGCCAGCCCGUCAUGCUGCAGUGGAGGAGGGACGUCAUGGUGCACUUUGUGGUGCCAGUGAAGAACCAGGCUCGGUGGGUGCAGCAGUUCAUCUCCGACAUGGAGAAUCUUCACCGUCAGACCAAGGACGACAACUUCAGCAUCAUCAUCGUGGACUUUGAGAGUGAAGACAUGGACGUGGAGCAGGCGCUCCGAGAGAGCAGCGUGCCCAGGUACGAGUAUCUCCGGCGGGAGGGGAACUUCGAGCGCUCGGCCGGACUGCAGAUCGGAGUGGACACCAUCGAGGACAGUCACAGCAUCGUGUUCCUGUGCGAUCUGCACAUCCACUUCCCUCUCAACAUCCUGGAAAGCAUCAGGAAGCACUGUGUGGAGGGACGCCUUGCGUUCGCUCCAAUCGUCAUGAGGCUCGGCUGCGGCAGUUCGCCACGGGAGCCGGAUGGUUACUGGGAGGUUAAUGGUUUUGGCCUGUUUGGAAUCUACAAGACCGAUUUUGAUAAGAUUGGAGGGAUGAACACGGAGGAGUUCAAAGACCGCUGGGGCGGAGAGGACUGGGAGCUGCUGGACAGGGUUCUGCAGAACGGUUUGGAGGUAGAGCGACUCCGCUUGAGGAACUUCUUCCACUACUACCACUCCAAACGAGGCAUGUGGAACGCCCAAAACAAGAAAACUCCCAAGGGAUAG